GUUUUUAGGACAGCUGACCAUAUAUAAAUACUCGGCGUAUUUGCACGUUCUUCACAAGAGAGAGUGGAGGUAAAACGAAACAAGAUGAUCCGUGCUGCAGUAUUCGCAUGCCUUUUGGCAACAUCGUUAGCAUUCAACAGUUUCCUUAACAACGAAUGGGAGUCAUACAAGACAGCCUACGGCAAACAGUAUGAACCUCAUGUAGAGGGACUCAGACGUGCUAUAUGGGAAAGCAAUAUCAAAUAUGUCCAACAACAUAACCUCGAGGCUGACAGAGGACUUCAUACAUAUACACUUGGGAUGAACGAAUAUGGAGAUAUGACAAAUAAAGAAUUUGUAGCCAUGAUGAACGGCUACAAACAGAACGUUAGCCGAUCAGUCUGCAGUAAAUUCACACCACCAUUGAAUGUUAACCUAGGAGAUCUUCCCGACAGUGUUGAUUGGAGGCCAAAAGGAUACGUCACUGAAAUCAAAAAUCAGGGACAAUGCGGAUCAUGUUGGUCAUUCUCUGCCACCGGCUCCCUCGAGGGACAAAACUUCAAGAAGACCGGCAAAUUGGUGGCCCUUUCAGAAAAGAAUUUGAUGGAUUGCUCGAAACCAGAAGGUAACAAGGGUUGUCAAGGAGGUUUAAUGGACCAGGCUUUUGAAUACGUCAUCAAAAAUAAGGGAAUUGACACAGAGGAAUCUUACCCAUACAGACCAAUGAACGGAAAAUGUGAGUUCAAAGAAGCAAACAUUGGAGCAACUGAAACAAGUUGUAUGGAUAUCAGCAUGGGGUCAGAAGAUGAUUUACAAGCUGCUGUAGCAACAGUAGGACCAAUCUCUGUAGCCAUUGAUGCUAGCCAUCCAUCUUUCCAACUAUACAGAUCUGGUGUUUACAAUGAGAGAAGAUGUUCAUCAAAGAAACUUGACCACGGUGUUUUAGCUGUUGGUUACGGUUCCGAGGGAUCUAAAGAUUACUGGCUUGUAAAGAACAGCUGGGGCAAAAGCUGGGGACAGGAAGGUUACGUCAUGAUGUCAAGAAACAAGGAAAACCAAUGCGGAAUUGCUACAUCUGCCAGCUUCCCUACCAUGUAAUCUGAUUGGAAUUAGAUCUGCUUAAAAUUGACAAUUUGUUGGACAAUGUUGUACUUUACGAAAUGACAAUUUUCUUAACUUUCUUUUUGAAAUUACUGGUUUAAAAUCUAAUUUGUUGAUAAAAACGAUAUGAAAAUGUGCAAAAUUUUUGUUAGCAAUAAUGGGUAAAAUUUUUCAUAUGUUCUUACUAUGUUUUGACAGACGACUUUCAUUUGACAAUUACAAGAUCUCUAAAACCGACUUUUUGUUGUUAUUAUACUAUGUUACAUGUUGAUUUGUUUUAUAUACGAUGUUUUAUAUUUAUAAUACAAUAAUAAAAUUCAAAAGUAA